AUGUCUGACACCAAGCUCAAUCCGCCAGCGGCCGAGUCUGCACCGGAACAGCCUUUGACCGCCGAGAUCUUGCCAGACGAUGACCCGGAUGUUACGGAUGACGACUUGUCUACCAAUGCGACGGAGUCUCUCAGUUCUAGUGUUCUUGCCUACCGAACAAUCCAGGGCAGGACAUAUCACAGCGAGCGGGGCAACGCUCACUACUGGGGUUCAAAUGAUGCGCUGCAAAAUGAGUCCAUGGAUAUCAACCACCAUCUUCUCACGCUCGCUAUCGAUGGAAAACUCCACAUGGCACCAGUCGAUAAAGACAUCGAGAAAGCCGUUGAUAUCGGAACUGGAACCGGAAUCUGGGCAAUAGACUUUGCGGAUGAACACCCUGCUUGUAAAGUCAUCGGCACAGAUAUUUCCAGGAUCCAGCCUGACUGGGUGCCGCCUAACUUGGAAUUCAUAAUUGAUGACUGUACGCAAGAGUGGACCUUUCCACCAAAUUCGAUUGACUUCGUCCACAUACGAUACCUGACAGGCAGCUUGCCGGACUGGAAUGCCUUGUUCAAGUCAGCUUUUACGUGCUGCAAACCAGGAGGCUACGUGGAGAGUUUUGAAGGAGCGCCGUGGCUGGAGAGCGACGACGGCACUGUUUUGGAAUCGAGUGCCCUGGCAACAUGGGGUAAACUCUUUGUCAAGGGCGGGGAGAAGCUCGGGCGAACCUUCACCGUUGUAGACGAGCAGCUCCAGAGAAAGGGCAUGGAGGCCGUGGGCUUUGUCGACAUUCAAGAGUUCACCAGAAAGUUGCCCCUGGGAACGUGGGCGAGAGACCCCAAGCUGAAGGAAAUCGGCCGAUUUGCACAGGCGGCCUUGGAGAAAGACAUUGAAGGCUAUGUGCUAUAUGUGGCCAACUUGCAGGGCUGGUCCAAGGAAGAGCUUGCCGCCUAUUAUGAGAAGUUCUACCGGGAGAUGAAGGACAACAAGAUACACUCUUACUUCCGGAUAAAGGUGGUUUGGGCAAAGAAACCGAGUGCCUAA